CCCCUUUCCUGUGCCGGCGGUGGGGCUGUGUUUGCAGCCCUGCCCGGGGUGGGGGGGUCCACACGCGAUGCUCAUGGUGUCAGGGGGACCAGCUGCCCUCGCGGCUCAGCCCUGGUGUCCCUUGCUGUCCCUGGCUGUUUUCCAGGAAGACAUCUGCCAGAAGAACUCGGACCUCUGCGGCAGCUACACCUUCAUCCCCUAUGCGGUCACCCCCCAGAACAAGGUCAUCUGCUGUGACACUGGGACCAUGAAGGGCCUGACGGAGCUUUUCCAGCCCAGCUUUGAGCCGGAGGCUGCCUUCACCCCGCUGGCAGCCCGCCUCAUCCAGCUGCUGGAGGGGAUCCCCACCAACUCCUGCGGGUAUUUCCGGGAGCUGAUCCAGCGGGAUAUCCGGCGGGCACGGGAGAUGUACCGGGGGGAGCAGCUGAGCCGGGAGCUGGCCCGCAUCCAGCAGCGCCUGGACAGCGUGGAGCUGCUCAGCCUGGACAUCGUGGUGAACCUCCUCCUCUCCUACCGUGACGUGCAGGAUUACGAUGCCAUCGUCUCGCUGGUGGAGACCCUCCAGGCGCUGCCGGCCUGUGCCGUGGCCAAGCAGCACAACGUCUGCUUCCACUACGCCUUCGCCCUCAGCCGGCGUAACCGUGCCGGGGACCGGGAGAAGGCUCUGUCGGUGCUGCUGCCCGUGGUGGAGCGCGGGGAGGGGGCUGCGCCCGACCUCCUCUGCUUGUGUGGUCGCAUCUACAAGGACAUGUUCAUCGACUCCGGCCUCACCGACACCGAGACAAGGGACCGGGCUUUGUACUGGUACAACAAAGCCUUUGAGGUGGAGCCCAGCCUCCAUGCAGGCAUCAACGCUGCCGUCCUCCUCGUGGCUGCUGGUCACCAGUUUGAAACCUCCGUGCAGCUGCAGCAAAUCGGGGUGAAGCUGAGCUGCCUCCAGGGUCGCAAGGGCAGCCCAGAGGAGCUGCGCUACUACUGGGACGUGGGGUUUUGCCUCGGAGCCGGCAUCUUGGCCAACGACCUAGGCAAAGUCAUCCAAGCCUCUGAGAAGCUCUACAAGCUCAACGCACCCGGCUGGUACCUGGUCUCGGUCAUGGAGACCUUCCUGCUCUACAAACACUUCCAGAGGAGCCCGCAGGUCCCCUCCACCCGGCAGGAGCUGGCUGAUUUCUGGCUGGGCUUCCUCCUCGAGGCAUGCCAGCCCUUUGUUGCCACGUCACACUGCCCGGUCCUGGUCCUGGAGCUGAGCAAGGUCCUACAGCCGGCCCGGCUGGCACUGCACGGUGGCACGGAGGAGCCCACCCUGACACUUGCCCUUCUCUGCCCCACAGAGGAGAAAGUGGCAUCGAGCUGGACCUUCACGGCCACAGAUAUCCGGGGUGUCAGCAUCUGCAAGUCUGACGAACGAGGCUGCUUCCUCUACGUGAUGCACGUGGAGGAGGAUUUCCAGCUCUACUUCCCCUCCCAGCAGCACUGCCAGUGGUUCUGUGACCAGAUCCAGUCCCUCCUGGCUGAGCAGGCAGCAGGCAGCGAGGAGGUGCCCAGCCCCACGCAGCCCAUCCUGGAGUACAGCUACGAGUACUCAGAGGCGGGCGAGCGGGUGGUCCUGGGCAGGGGGACGUACGGGGUCGUCUACGCCGGGCGCUGCCUCAGCAACCAAGUGCGCAUCGCUAUCAAGGAGAUCCCAGAGCGGGACAGCCGGUACUCACAGCCCUUGCACGAGGAGAUCGCCUUGCACAAGCACCUGCGGCACAGGAACAUCGUGCAGUACCUGGGCUCCAUCAGCCAGGAUGGCUUCAUCAAGAUCUUCAUGGAGGAGGUGCCGGGAGGGAGCCUGUCAUCCCUGCUGCGCUCCAAGUGGGGACCCUUGAAGGACAACGAGCCCACCAUCGUCUUCUACACUCGCCAGAUCCUCGACGGGCUCAGCUACCUCCACGAUAACCACAUCGUGCACCGCGACAUCAAGGGAGACAACGUCCUCAUCAACACGUACAGCGGGGUGCUGAAGAUCUCCGACUUCGGUACUUCCAAGCGGCUGGCGGGCAUCAGCCCCAGCGCCGAGACCUUCACGGGUAAGGGCAGCUGGGGGGGGGUCCCCCAACUUGGGGGCGGUGGGAUGCUGAGGACCAGGAGACGUUGGGAUCUGCAUCCUUGCAGCCGGCAUUGGGAGGAGGAGCACCCACCCUGGGAGAGUUUGGGUGAUGGAUACAGGUUCCUGCCACCCCUCCUCAUCCUCUCCCCAGGUACCCUGCAGUACAUGGCCCCAGAAAUCAUCAACCAGGGGCCGUGGGGCUACGGGAAGCCAGCGGAUAUCUGGUCCUUGGGCUGCACCGUCAUCGAGAUGGCCACGGGCAAGCCCCCCUUCUACGAGCUGGGCAGCCCCCAGGCUGCGAUGUUCAAGGUGGGCAUGUUCAAGAUGCACCCGGAGGUGCCCGAGUCCAUGUCGGACAAUGCCAAGGCGUUCAUCCUGCGCUGCUUCCAGGCCGACCCGGCCGAGCGGGCGACGGCCGCCGCGCUGCUGCAGGAGCCCUUCCUCGCCGGUGCCAGGAGGGCCCGGAGCCAGCCUGUGCCCCCAGCGGGGGAUCUCCCCCACGUCGGGCGGCAGGAUGGGGAUGUGGAGGGCAGCGAUGGGAGCAGGGGAGGCUCCUCGGCCAGGCAGGACGCCUCGGGGAGGGGCACAGCGGGCAGCCCCCUGCUCCCGGGCCACCGUGGCAAGGCAGCCUCCAGCCGCAGCUCCUUGGGCACUGCCCAGAGCUCGGCUGGCUCCGACCACAGCCUGCGCUCGUCCUCCCCCGAGGAGAGCGGGGCCGGGUUCCUCCUGCGGAAGGACAGCAAGCGCCGGGCCACGCUGCACCGCGUCCUCACCGCCGAGGCGCCGGGCAUCAUCGCUGCCUUGGAGGAGAGCCAGAGCACGGCGGGGGCGAGGUUGGACUCGGAGCAUCUCGCCCAGCUGCUGAGCUGCCUGCGGAGCUACAUCCAGUGCCCCAGCCAGCACCAGCUGUGCCAGGACCUCCUGGCACUGCAGAGCCGGCUGCGGGAAGAGGGUCUGAGCCUCUCCCACCUCCAGGCUCCCCUCUUUGCCUUCCAGGCAGCGGUGAGACGGGUGCUGCGCCGGCACCUCAUCAAACCCCACUGGAUGUUUGCGCUGGAUGAUGCCGUGAGCCAGGCGGUGCAGGCAGCUCUCCCCAUGCUGGUGAGAGACCUGGGACCGAAGGCCAGCUGCCUGGCAGGGGACAGCCCCAAGGGCACGAGUGACGAAGAUGACCCCGUGCCACCGAGGCUGCCCAUCCCCAAGAGUCGACCCCAGCGGGGCAGCCCCAAUUCGGGGCUCAGCACUAAAUCGGGGCUCAGCACCUGGGCAGACCCCCUGCCCUCCCUGCAGGCAUCCUCGGCGCUGGUGGCACAGCUCUGCCACCUCCGCAUGGAGACGGGCAGGCUGCUCCAGGAGCUGGCCGAGAAGGAGCAGGAGUGGCAGCGGCUGAUGCAGCAGGUGCUUCGCUCAGGGGACGAUGACACCGCCAUCCCCAGCCAGUCCCAGUGCAGGGGGGAGCAUGGGGAGGCCCCCCCAGGGUGCUUCACCCCAGGGCAGGAUUGCUCAUCCCCAAGCCCCCAGCACUCCCCGGGACGGGCUGACCCCCUCCUCCUCGAGUGGCUGCAGCGGCACGGCACAGACGUGGCCACCAUGGCCACGCUCCUCUCCCACGACUUCACCCUCCGGGACCUGCUGGGCUGUGCCACCCCUGAUGACCUCUUCUACACGGGCAUCAGGCGUGGGCCAGCGUACCGCCUCUGGGCAGCCAUCCUGGAGCAUCGCCGGACCCUCACCCAGCGGGAGCGGGGGGGACCCCCACUCCAGGGCUGUGACACAGCCCUGGGGAACCCAGCCAGUGGAGCCCCGGGGCUGCCACCACGGCAGGGCUGGCAGGAUGGUGACAGAGGGGACACCCCGGGAGCAGGCGGUUGCAGCGGCUCCAGCCCCACCCCAGAGGAAGAAGUCGGGGUACAGCACCCAGAGCAAUAA